CCAACAGUUUGUUGGGGUGAGAUCAAGGCUGUCUAACGGGCUGUUAUAUAAACAAGAUGGCAGAUGACUCAAAUGACUGGACAAGCUUGGCUUACAGGCAGAAAGCCAGGCAGCAUAUUGAGGAUGCCAUCCGCAUGUCUGGCAACCCGACCAACAAAACGAGCGCCGAGAUGGAGGACCACGUUUUCCAGCGAGCCAAGAGUCGCGAGGAGUACGUGGGCUUCCUCAGCCGCCUUAUCCUGCACAUCAACAAGUACAAGCAGGUCGGUGAUCCGAUGAACGCGCUGCAGAACAUGGCUGGUCAGCAGCAGCAACAGCAGCCGCCGCAGGACCAGGCGGCCAUGCUGUCCAUGCAGGGCAUGGCGGCCCGCGGUCAGAUGGCGCAACAGCCGCAGGGCUGCCCGAUGUCGGCCCUGCAGCAGCAGCAGCAACAGCAACAGCAGCAGCGCAUGCAAAGCCAGAUGAUGAUGCAGGGCGGCGGCCAGAUGAACAUGCUGCCGAUGGGUGGCAUGGUGCGCCAGCAAGCGCCCGGCAUGGGCAUGAUGGGGCCGCGCGGCAUGGCGCCGUCGCCCGUCCCGGCGCCGUCGCCCGGCGGUGGGCUGGGCCAGUCUCCCAUGGCGCCCGGCUCGGUGAAGGUGCCCAGCCAGAUGAGCGCGCCGUCGCCACAGCUGCACACGCCCGCCGGGCCCGCCAACGCCACGCCCUCGCCGCGCAACCAGCACGACGAGGCCCAGUACAUGGAGAAGGUUAAGCAGUUGAGCAAGUACAUAGAGCCGAUCAAGCGUAUGAUCGAGAAUACCAGCCAGCAGGACACAGCGAAGCUCAGCAAAAUGAAGAAGCUGCUGGACAUUUUGGAGAACCCCAGUCGGCAAUUCCCGGUGGACCUGCUCAUAAAGUGCGAGCAAGUGCUGGAGAAGCUGGAGAUCAAUCAGCACAGCGACGCGGCACACGGUCAUUCUCAGCAGCAGCACACCACACACAAGGAGUACCAGGUGAUCCUGGACACGGUGAACGGCUUCAGCAAGUCGCCGUACCUGAACCACACGCUGGGCCGCACGAUCGGUCCGCCGUAUCAGGCGCUGCGCGGCUGCACGCUGCGUCUGCCGGCGGCGCGCCGGCCGCCGCGGCCGCCGCCCACCGCCGCCGGCCCCAUCCCGCGCGCCCUGCAGCGCGAGGUGGCCGGCAUGGAGAGCCGGUUCAAGGUGACGCUGGACUCGACGUGUCCGCCGGGUAGCGGCGCCGGCGUGAGGCUGGUGGUGGAGCUGGACGAGCCGUCGGCGCCGAGCGUGCCGGCCGUGCGGCUGGCGGUGCCCUCCGACUACCCGGCCCGCUCGCCGCGCUGCGUGCACGACCGGCUGGCCUACGCCGGCACGCCCUUCCUGCGGCGCGUGCAGCAGUUCCUGGCGUCGCGACUGCAGAAGCUGCCCGACCGGUUCACGGUGUCGCAGGUGCUGCACCAGUGGGAGAUGAGCGUGCGACAGGCGUGCGCGCCGCCGGCCGACGUGUACAUUGUAAUAUUGUCAGGAAAGAAGCUCCGUCACACGAUACAGUUGUGCACAGUGAAGGUCAGCUUCUAG